AUGUUGGGCGCAAGGCUUGGCAAGAUAAAAUCCUUUUGCAAAUUGCCAUCACUCUCCUAUCGGAACACUCGUCGGUCUGCAACUUCAAAGCCAACACUUCUCUCUACUCAGAGAAGAUGGUUGGCAGAUGAAGCCGCUGCGACACAGAGUGAACCAGAAGCCAACGGCGCUGCUCUCAAUGAAGAUGCAGACAAUUCAAUAUCGCAAUCUUCAGAGCCAUUACUAGACCCCCCAAAGACAGAGGAACAAGCCGCACGAGCAGUUGAGACUGCAUCCGAAUCAGAGUCGAAAUCUACGCUCCGACACGCCACUGACGCUGCUACUCUUAGUGCUGAAGCAGCUGCUGAAGCCAUCUCCUCCGGAGCAGCGUCGCUCUCGGAAGCUACUGGUUUUGGCAGUGGGGGGCUCAAUAGGGAACGACCGGAGACCGCAAAACCAUCAAGCCAGGUCUAUGUCGGCAAUUUGUUCUUCGAUGUGCGCGGUGAUGAUCUCACAAAGGAAUUUUCGCGCGCAGGAGCGAUUGUCAAUGCAAGAGUCGUUACUGACCAGCGAGGACUGAGCAAAGGAUUUGGCUACGUCGAAUUUGAAGAUAUUGCCGGAGCUCAAAAGGCCAUUCAAAUGUACAACCAACAGAAUUUUGAAGGCCGCAGACUCAGCGUGCAAUUCGCAGAUUCCAAUCGGACUAUGAAAACUCCUACCCGAGACGGUCGACCCAAGAUGACGCCCACGAGAACACUCUUCAUCGGUAAUAUGAGCUUUGAGAUGAGCGAUCGCGAUCUGAAUGAAUUGUUCAGGUCGGUCAAGAAUGUGGUUGAUGUCAGGGUGGCAAUUGAUAGGAGGACUGGGCAGCCGAGGGGUUUUGCGCAUGCAGAUUUCACAGAUAUUGAGAGUGCGCAGAAUGCCAAUGAGAUCUUGAAUGGAAAACUGGUGCUUGGGAGGAAUUUGAGGGUGGACUACAGUCACAGCACGGGACGGGCUGCUAUUUCUGCUUCGUAA